CCAGGAUGCUGGAAAAACCCAAACCCGUGGUGUCGUCUCAUCUCCGUUGAUGCCCCGCCUUCUCCACCGACGCCUCCUUUUCCGAUCGAUCUGCUCCGCCACAUCCACCGCCGCCAGUAAUCUGAGCUCUCCUGAUCCCGCCACCAUCUGUGAUCUCGCCUCCCGCCAGGACUGGUCCUGCCUCAAGACUCUCAUCUCCGCCUCCGCCGCCACCCCUGCAGAUGUUGUCGCAUCCUUCCUCCGCCUCAUUCUCGAGUGCCCCUCCUCCUCUGCCACUGCCCUAUGUUUCUCCCGCUGGUCCCAGAGCCACUACCGCGUACCGCUCGAACUACACCUCCACUGCCGGCUCAUCCUCGCCCUCGCGGCCGAUAAGCUCUACCCCAAAAUUCGCUCGGAAUUCCACUACCUCACCAUUUCCGGUACCCACUCCGCGAUAUCCAUUCUCCACAUGCUCUCUGUCACCGCCGAGCCCUCCCGCCGCCGCUAUGACUGCCUCUCCAUCCUCGCCGACAUGCUCCUCCUUGCCCUGGUAAAUAACUCGAAGAUCGAUUCCGCCAUCGAGGUCUUUUACCGUACCGGCGAUUACGGGUACCGCCUCUCCGUCCUGUCUUGUAACCCUUUAUUAAAUUCUUUAAUAAAGGAGAAGGCCGACAUGGUGGAAACUGUGUAUAAGGAGAUCAUGCGAAGGAGGAUAGCACCCAACCUGUACACUUUUAAUACUGUUAUUAAUGGCCUUUGUAAGGUAGGAAAGCUGAGGAGAGCUACAGAUGUGUUGAAUUCCAUCAAGUCCUGGGGGUUCUCACCGUCGGUAGUUAGUUACAACACGCUCAUUGAUGGGCACUGCAAGAACGGCGGAGCUGGGAAGUUGUACAAGGCUGAUUCCAUACUAAAAGAGAUGGUGGCCAGUAAUAUUCGUCCCAGUGUGAUUACUUUCAAUAUUCUGAUCAACGGUUACUGCAAGGAUGGUAACAGUUCUUUUGCAAUGAGGUUUCUGGAUGAAAUGAAGCGGCAAGGACUCUCCCCCAAUGUUGUUACCUAUAGCUCUUUGAUCAAUGGUCUUUGUUGUGAGGACAAGUUGGGAGAAGCUCUGGAGUUGCUUACGGAAAUGCAGGAUUAUAAUUUGAAUCCUUAUGUGGUGAUCUUCAAUGCUAUCAUCAAUGGAUUGUGUAAGAAAGGAGACAUGGAAAAGGCUAAGGGGUUUUUGGAUGUCAUUAGUGAGAACAACUUGUUGCCGAAUGUUAUUACGUACAACACCUUGAUUGAUGGGUGCUGUCGUGCUGGUAUGAUGGAGGAAGCAACUGGGUUGAAAGGAUUGAUGUUAAAGAAAGGGAUUAAUCCAAAUAUUUCAACCUAUAAUUGCUUGAUAAAUGGAUUCUGCAAAAAUGGGGAUAGAAAAAUAGUUGUAGAGCUUUUAGAUGAAAUGAAAGAGAAAGGCGUAAGAGCUGAUCUUGUGACUUACAAUGUGUUGAUUGGUUCUUUGUGCAAUGAAGGGAAGUUAGCAAAGGCAGUUAAGUUGUUGGAUGAGAUGUUGGAGAUGGGCGUGAAGCCAAGCCACCUAACAUACAAUACAUUAAUAGAAGCAUUCUGUAAAAAAGGGAACCUCGGUGCAGCUUAUAAUAUGAAGAUAAGGAUGGAAAGGAGUGGAAAACGUGCAAAUGUUCCAACUUAUAAUAUAUUUAUCAAGUACUUUUGUGGAAUAGGUAAGAUGGAAAAGGCAAACGAGCUACUGAACAUGAUACUGGAGAAAGGUUUGUUACCAAACAGAGUGACUUAUGGUAUGAUCAAGGAUGAGAUGAUUGAGAAAGGUUAUGUUCCUAAUAUAGACGGACAUCUUUGUAGCAGUAGUUUGGCUUAGUUGGAGAAAGGAAUAGUAUGGCAUUAGAUUAAUUUUAAAGGAGUAAAAUGUAUAUUCAUGAGACUUUAAUUGAGAAAGAGAUUGCAGUUUCUCU